GCGACUUCAAUUUCCACCACGUUCCUUUCUUUCCAUUUCUAGCGCCCCCCGUCUGCUCCCCUCCGUCACCACAAGGCAUGCCCGCACCGAAUACGGGAUCCACAUGCCGGCGUAGCAAUACUUAAAUGCAGGGGAUCAGUUUUUAUCCAGCCUGCUGCGUGGUAGGGUUCGCCGCGCGUCACCCAUUCAUUCUGUCGAUUCCCUCAUUCUUUCCCUCCGCCCCGACAUCUCUUUGGCUGCCAACUCACUCCGCCCUUUGGCCCGCCGUCGUGCAAUUCACUAACCCUGGUCCAGCCGGCUCCCCCUCAAUGUUCAACUGGUCACCAUGCCCCGCACGCCACUUUGCCUCUGCGGUGAACGAGGACUGUUUGGUGGGAGUAUCUUGGGGGUUCGAUUCCCCUUAAACAGUGUUUCUAACGAGUCAACGGACUGACCGCGGCGUGGUUUUCGAGUUUGGUUAGGCAUAUGCAUUUUGUUAGGUUAUCGGCGCUUGCGUGGUCCAUGACACAGCUUACCGGGCUUCGU